AGGGUCUGUUCCUCCGUCACUGAGCUCCACAGAGGGGGGGGAUGGUGAUGAUCCUCCGCCUGCACACCCUCUCUCUGCAGGACGUCUUUUGGGGACAUAUGGCACAUUUCAUCCCCUCAUGAUCUCAUCCCGAUAAAAAAAAAAAACUCCACAGUCAGUUUUCCUCAUGGCGUCUCCGCAACAGUCCCGGAUCCAGUCCUAUCUGGAGAAGAACAAAAUCGGACGGCUGUUUGAGGAGUUGAUGACCAAAUUGAUCACAGAGACCCCCGACCAUCCGAUCCCCUUCCUCAUCGAUCACCUUCAGACUAAACAAGGCAGUCCGGGGAAACUUCACAGAGCUCUUUCUGGAUCCGCUGCUCUGUGGGCGCAGAGCUCUCCAGAAAGCAAAAACCCUCGCAGGGAUAGCAGCGGCGGCUACGAGAAGCCGUGGCAAAUCCAUCCCAAGAAACCCAAAAAGUCCAAGAGUGACCUCGCUGUGUCCAGCAUCUCACCCCCCUCCCCCGAGUCCAAGUCCUUGCCGCGGUCCAUCGAGUGUCCAUCCUGGGACUGGAGGGAGAGCCGGGACUUUGACGAGCUGAACCACAUCCUGCAGGAGAGCAAGAAGCUGGGCAAAGCUCUGGAGAGUCUGUCCCGCAGCAUCGCCAUUUCUGACGAGCUGGACCAGAACGUGGGGGGCUAUAACUCGGGGGUGCGGACCCGGGUGGUGGGGCAGUGGGUUGGGCGAGAGGAGGAGGACGCAGACCCUCUGGCCUCCGAGAUGCUGAAGCCCCCCCUCCCUCGAGAGAAGACUGAAGCGUGCUGGAGCAGAGAGAGCAGCCCUAAAGCGAGUGUGAAGAUGGAGACGAAGAGUAAAGGUCUGAAGGAGCAGCAGCAGCAUCACAAGAAGCUGCUGGCGGCCAUGUUGUCCCAGGACUCCUUCGACUCGCUGCCCCCCCCCCCCGGAGCCGAGGAGGACAUGGAGGACGAGGACGAGGCCAUGGAGCUGCUGGAGGACCUAGAUGACCUCAGGAUGGAGGGCGUGACAGGCCUCUCGUCUGGCAGUAAGUUCAGUCAGGGUCGCAGCUCGUACCAGACGGAGCCUCAGGCCAGAGUCACGCUGAACAUCUGCUCCAGGUGCGCCAGGUUGCAGGGUGACAGCCUAUCAGACGGCAGAUCUGAAGAGUGUCGGCCAAUCAGCUCCGAGCAGGCCGUGCCCGACAUCUCAGCUCCGUUGCCCGGGGUGGACGCUGUGGCCGGUCGUCUGCAGGAAUUCGACGUCUUGUCUCAGAUUUCUCGUCAGGGAGUCUGGGAGGCUGAUCUGAAACCAGUGAGACGGGGCAGCGCUGGGGGGCCGAUGCUGGGAGACCCCCUCUUCUCCAAGGAGCUGGAGAACAUGGGCAAGCAGCUGGCAGAGGUGGAGAAGGACCUGGCUAAACUGGCAGAAGUGGGUAAAAUGACGAGUCGUAUCUCCAACAAUCCUCUCUCUCUGCACCACACCCCCUUCCUCCCCCCGAUACACCCCCCCCACCGCCACCUCCCCGACACCCUGCCCCUCACCAUGGGCCGGACUCCAUCUCCUAGCAACCUUAGCAGCAGGAGUACAACUCCCAGAACCCCCAGGACUCCCAUAACUCCCAUAACUCCCAAUAGUCUGCUGAGGCGCUCCAGUUUUGACCGAGGAGCCCAUAAAGAGGUGACCUUCAGGAGGUCAAGGAGCCGCCCUGUGACCCCCACCUGCCUGCCGGCCAGACCCCGACCCCUGCUGACCCCCCCGGGACUCAGCACCACCGACAGCCUGGGGGCCAGCCUGAGGGCGUACCUGUCAGAGGAUGAGUUUUACCAGCAGCUCCAGGCCAUCCGGCAGCCGUGGAAUAUUCCCAGCGACACGGAGAGCGACGUCCUGGAUCCUCCUGAGCAGGACAACAGUGGUGCUCGAGAUGCCAAAAAGAGAUCAUUGUUUUCAGGUCUAUAGUGACGAACUCCAGAGGCUCUGAUCCAAACUAUUAUGCAAACCGCUGGACCUUUUCAAUAUGUGUACAGAGACAAUUAUUUUUAUACUUCAUAAUGAAAAAAGAUUGUAUACUUUUUUCACAGAUAUUUCAUAAACAUUGUACUGUACGAUAAAAACUGUCCAAAUAUAACUCCAGAGUACGGAUAUAACAUUUAUUUUUGUUUGCUCUUUAGCAUGCUAUUGCACUGUUACACACAACAGACUGAAUGCUGUUAUAUUAAAAUGAUUUGGUGCACAUGUCUUGAUUAUUUCUGUACUUUUUUUUACUUUAGUACAAUGACAUGUGAUGGACAGGUCAAUAAAAUAAGACGGGAAGACACAAAGUAUGAAAUAUAACUACCUAAAUGGGAACAGAGGCUCAAAGUAAGUGAGUUUAUCAAAGUGUAAUGAGAGAAAGAUCAAUCAACAUAGGGAACUAAGAGGAUUUGUGUGUGA